AUGGUCUGGAAACCCGCGCCGAUCGACCCCGCCAAGCCCAUCAUCCAUCCCCAUCCUCCCCCUGUCUCCCAUGAAAAUAAUGCAAAGCCGCUCGAGUACAACCAGGACGUCGACUUUGCGAUUUUCUCGAUCGAGGAGAUCCCUUCCCCGUUGAGACUGUUUGCAGAGAGCCACAAUAACAUCUUGAGCUUGAGUCCUUUAAACUCAGGUCUCAUCGAAAACGUAGGCUGGGCAUCUGAGAGCUGCAUCCUGGAAAGUACACAAUCAAUGCGCACGGUGAACGUCAACGGAUUCUUGCUGGAGAACCUGAUCUUGAGCCCGCUGGAUGAAGCGAGUGAAUGUCUUGAUCUGGAGGAUCUCACGACGGUCAAAGUCUUGCUUCUUGCGUUCCAAUCGCAGCCUAUCACCUGGUCUGGGGAGCUCACCAAUGUGGUGCAGGGCGAGAAGAUCCGGGUGUUCAACCACAAAAUCCGCUUCCAUUGGGUCGCUUUUUUACGCAAAUUGAGUGGCGAGCGGGGCUGGCUUCCAAACAAGCUGGAAAGAUACUUGCUGCAGCAAACAAGUGUUCGCGUGGGUGGCAACAAGCCUACGGAGUCUUCGUCGGAGCUGAAUGCAAAUCGGAAAGCAGUCAUCUUCAGCCGCUCAGCAUCGAGCGCCAGUCCGCAGAAACGAGCGGCCACCAAGCCCGGCGGCCGCAGUCCCCCUCUAUCCACCCCAAUUGAAUGUGAGGUUACCCAGCUCCAGGCUGCGGACCUCGGCAAGCUCCGUAUUUCCCUGUGCACCAAACCUCCCAAAUGGUCCCGCGGGCUCUUUGGCUUUUGCAGCUAUAAUGCCCUUCUCAAGCGGCCAAAGGAGCUCCUCAAGAGUGAAGAGGAGCAAUACAUUGUCCAAGUCUUGCACAAGUUUCUCCGAUGCUUGUCACCCCCAUUACUAACAGAGGCGCUAGCCUUGCGGCUGCCGGACCUGUUCAUCCAACUGAUGUGGCUGCGGUAUUUGGAGAAGCCAGGUGACUUGACGACGCGCCAGAUGGUUUUGGAGAUCAUUCAGGGCUGUUUUGAGCUGGACAAGUAUCUGGGCACGCGGCCGAUUGACGGGAGCUAUGAGUCCACUUGA